GCCGGGGGGCACAGCGCAGUGCAUCCUGGGUCGGCGUAGCCAUGGCUUCUCGUGUCCUUUCCGCUUGUGUCCGACGGCUGCCCGCGGCCUUCGUGCCGCUACCCCGGGUUCCCACGCUGGCCGCGGCCCGGCCGCUCAGCACCACCCUGUGCCCCGCGGGGGCCCGGACGAGGCCUGGGGCUCCGCAGCCAGCCUCGGUGCUCGCGCAGGUUCCCGUUACACAGUUGUGCCGCCAGUACAGUGAUGCACCCCCUCUGACGUUAGAGGGGAUCAAGGACCGUGUUCUUUAUGUCUUGAAACUUUAUGACAAGAUUGACCCAGAAAAGCUCUCGGUAAAUUCCCACUUUAUGAAAGACCUGGGCUUAGACAGUUUGGACCAAGUGGAAAUUAUCAUGGCCAUGGAGGACGAAUUUGGGUUUGAAAUUCCUGAUACAGAUGCGGAGAAGUUAAUGUGUCCACAAGAAAUUGUAGAUUACAUUGCAGAUAAGAAGGAUGUAUAUGAGUAAAUCAGACCCCCUUUUUUCACUGAGAGAAGAGUCAGAAGAUGCUGGCGAGUGUCUGGAAGUGAGAACGCGUUUUGGCAUUACUGCUGCCUUUGACAGAGUAAUUCUGUUUAGACUUGUAUUUAAACUGUCUGUUUUUUCCUUUGGAAAAUAAAUCUGUAAAGCAACA